AUAAUCGUUCCGUCUUGCUUCCUCCUGCUCUCUCAGCUUCCGCGAUUUUGUUUAGUUAGCGCCGGACCUGAGUAGAUAGAUAAACCCUAAGCUCAGCCUCCAAGUAGCUUCGUAUUCUUAUUAAAAUCGAUCUUCUGUUGCUGCGUCUUCAUCUUCCUUCAUACUAAGAUGAAUUGUGCAAUUUCCGGGGAAGUUCCGGUGGAGCCUGUGGUUUCGAAGAAGUCUGGUUUGCUCUACGAGAAACGCCUAAUCGAGACGCACAUCUCGGAUUUUGGGAAAUGCCCGGUUACUGGUGAACCGCAUACCAUUGGUGACAUUGUUGCCAUCAAAACCGGAAAGAUCGUGAAGCCAAAACCAUUACACACAGCUAGCAUCCCUGGAUUGCUCGGAACGUUCCAGACUGAAUGGGAUUGUUUGAUGCUAUCAAAUUUUUCACUUGAGCAACAACUCCAUACUGCGAGGCAAGAGCUAAGCCAUGCUUUGUAUCAGCAUGAUGCUGCUUGUCGUGUGAUUGCUAGGCUUAAAAAAGAAAGAGACGAGGCACGACAAUUGCUUGCAGAGACUGAUAGGCAGUUACCUGCAGCGACUGAUAGGCAGUUACCUGCAGCCCCCGAAGUUGCCACAGAGAAUGCUACUCUUAGUAAUGGUAAACGAGCUGCCGAUGGUGGUGAACAAGGUCCCGAUGCAAAGAAAAUGCGUCUUGGAGUUUCGGGUGAAGUUAUUACAGAACUGACAGAUUGUAAUGCUGCUCUUUCCCAGCAGCGUAAGAAGAGACAGAUCCCUCCGACGUUGGCUUCAGUUGAUGCUCUGGAGAAGUUCACUCAACUCUCAAGCCACCCACUUCACAAGACCAGCAAACCUGGUAUUUUUUCAAUGGACAUCCUACAUUCUAAGGAUGUCAUUGCGACCGGAGGAAUGGAUACAACUGCCGUUCUCUUUGAUCGUCAGUCAGGACAAAUCUUGUCGACGUUGACUGGUCAUUCAAAGAAGGUUACUAGUAUUAAGUUUGUAGGUGACACUGAUCUUGUUUUGACUGCUUCAUCAGACAAGACAGUUCGUAUCUGGGGAAGUUCAGAGGGUGGGAACUAUGCCUGUAAACAUACAUUGAAAGAUCACACUGCAGAGGUGCGAGCUGUCACUGUCCAUGCAACGAACAAAUACUUUGUGUCGGCAUCGCUCGACAGUACGUGGUGCUUCUAUGAUAUGUCCUCUGGUUUGUGCCUUGCCCAGGUAACAGAUGAUUCCGAGAAGGUGGAUUACACGGCUGCCGCUUUCCAUCCUGAUGGUCUCAUUCUUGGAACUGGUACCGCUCAAUCUAUUGUCAAGAUUUGGGAUGUAAAGAGUCAGGCAAACGUGGCGAAGUUCGGUGGCCACACUGGUGAAAUCACAUCUGUAUCAUUUUCUGAAAAUGGUUAUUUCCUCGCGACAUCUGCGCUGGAUGGUGUUAGACUGUGGGACCUGCGCAAGCUAAAGAACUUCCGAACAUUCGACUUUCCAAAUGCAAACUCGGUGGAAUUUGACCAUAGCGGAUCUUAUCUUGGCAUUGCUGCUUCAGAUAUAAGAGUAUUCCAAACGGCCAGUGUAAAAGCCGAAUGGAACCCAGUCAAGACACUUCCUGAUCUAUCCGGUACAGGUAGAGCAACAUGUGUUAAGUUUGGUCCCGACGCCAAAUACGUAGCAGUCGGUUCAAUGGACCGUAAUCUCAGGAUAUUCGGUUUACCUAGCAAUGACAGCACUGAAGACUCUGCACAAGAUUCAUGAAUAGAUAGACAUGCCUCCCCAACUCUGAGCUACAUUCCCAGUUCCCUCUAUUUAUGUUGUAUCUCUGAUAUUCCUGUUUGGUCUUUUCACAAUCACAUUCCCUACUUAGCUCCUUCUGUUUCUCUUUAUCCAAAAAGGAAAAAAUCCGAUAACAUCGCAUCGUAAGAGUAUACACUUCAUCUUUGCCUCUUUGUUUUGAAAGAAUCCAUAAAAAGUUUUUCA